AUGCGCUUCUCAUCGACUCUUCUUUUGGCCGUCGUGCUGUCUGGCACCUCGUUGGCAACCUCGGUUCAGCCAACGUCAGCAGCCGUGGCUGCACAGCCAGACGCUCAAGGGGUAGCGAGUCCAUCGGCCAAUGCAGCAACCCCGGCAGUAGAUACCACAGGAACGGCAGAAAAUGAACAGCAACCCAGUGCGAGUGUCAAUACCAAUCAACAUAACGCAAUUCCCGUCGGCCAGCAGUCAUAUGGGAAUGCUGCCCAACAGCAGGCAGCUGCCGAUGGCGUGUCCCAGCAGCCAUCCACCGCGGCGGAAGCCGCUCCCACACAAAGUGCUCACGGAGACCUCUUAUCUGGUCUGGUUGGUGGCCUUCUCGGAGGGGGCCACAACUCUGAUUCCACUGCAAAGGACGGAGCAGGCUCAAAUCCAUCACAAAAUUCGGGGUCUCAGACAACCACAGCUCCUCAAAGCUCUGAAACAAAGAAGCCUGACCUUUUGAGUGGCCUUUUUGGCCUCUUGAACCCUUCGCUACUCACGGAUAUUGAGUCCUUCUUUCACCACUUCGCAUACCUGUUCGACGACAAGACAACAAACCAGACAAAGUCCUUGCUCGACACUGCCUAUAAUUUGUUGACUCCAGAGUUGAGUAACGAACUGCUCACUCUGUUGAACAAUGCGAACCAUCUGCUGACGCCGAAUUUCGUCAACGAGACUCAGCAAUUGAUCGCUUCUAUUGGCCCCCUGGUUACACCUCAGCUGUUCCACAAGGUCUCCGUGUUGCUCGACAAUGGCAAUGAGCUUCUCACCGCAGAGUUUGUCAAAGAGGUCAACGGUCUGAUUGGCAAUGCCAAUCAGUUACUGACGGCCGACUUUGUCAAGGAAACUCGGCAGCUGAUCGAGGCUGUUACGCCCGUGUUGACCCCCGAGCUACUGAAGGAGGUCGGAACCUUAGUCAACAACGCCAAUGGUCUUUUGACGGUCGAGUUUGUCAGGGAGGCCAAGUCAUUGAUCAAGGCCGUGGCUCCUAUACUGUCUCCCGAACUCAUAGGGGAGGUUGGCACCUUGCUCAGCAACGCCAAUGGACUCUUGACGCCCAGAUUUGUGAACGAAACGCAAUCAUUAAUUGAAACAGUCGGACCUGCUCUGACACCAGAGCUGUUCCGGGAGGUCAACUCUGUACUGGGUAACGCUAAUACAUUGUUGACGACACAAUUUGUUCACGAAGCCCAGAGCUUGAUCCAUUCAGUUGCUCCUGUGUUGACGCCCGCUGUUCUCGGAGAGGUUGCUGGCUUACUGAGCAACGCCUACGAACUUCUGACGCCGACAUUUGUCAAUGAGACUCAGGGCCUGAUUGGCGCGGUGGCGCCUGUCUUCACUCCUGCCCGCCUCAAGGAAGUCGGCCAGCUUCUGAAUAGCGCCACCUCCUUGCUGACCCCAGGCUUCGUUGAUGAAACACAAGGCUUGGUGGGACAUGCCAAUGACUUGCUGACGCCCGACUUCGUCAACGAGAUUCGCACGUUGAUUGGGGACAUUUCCCCUGUGUUCACACCCCAGCUGCUCUCCAAAGUAGGAGGUCUGCUCAACAAUGCCAAUGCCCUGUUGACGCCAAAGUUUGUGAAUGAGACUCAAGGUUUAAUCGACGGAAUCUCGCCGAUCAUAUCUCCUGAAAUGUUUGGCCUAGUCGGCGGUCUCCUCGGAAAUGCCAAUAAAUUGUUGACCAGCAAGUUUGUUGAAGAGACUCAAACUUUGAUCGACAACGUGUCACCUGCCGUCACGCCAGCUCUGCUUGAAAAAGUGGACUUCAUCCUCGGUAAUGCCACAUACUUGUUGACACCCAAGUUUGUCAACGAGACGCGCGAUCUCAUUGACGAUGUGUCGCCAAUCCUUUCUCCAGAGUUGCUUGGUGAAGUUGGGGGCCUGCUUGGUCAGGCUAACAACCUGCUGACGCCCAAGUUUGUCAACGAAACGCAGGUGCUCAUUGAGGAUGCUUCUGAGUUGCUUCCUGCUCUGGUCAAAGUGCUGGGCACCUUGUGA